AUGAAGCUUGGAGACACGGUUCCUAAUUUCUCAUUCGUUACUAACCUCCGAAAACUCGACAGCCUACACGGCUACAUCGGAGACAAGUAAGUCAUUAAAGCUAAUUUUGCGUCAUCCCAGAGUGUUUUAGCUGGCUUAUGCUGUUCAGUCACCCGGCGGACUUCACUCCAGUCUGCACUACGGAGCUCGCCGAGCUCGUCAAGUUAACUCCGGAGUUCAAGAAGCGAAACGUGGAAAUUCUGGCGAUCAGCAUCGACUCCGACGAGACUCAUCGCCAAUGGGCAAAAGAUAUCAACGCGGUGGCAAAGGGAUAUCUGAACGCAAACGAUUUUCUGCCGUUCGAGAUUAUCGCCGACGUGGAUCGAUCAAUUUGCACCGAACUGGGAAUGAUUGAUCCCGAAGAGGUGAACGCGCAGGGAAUCUGUCUCUCCGCGAGAGCUGUCAUGCUCUUUGGUCCCGACAAGAAGCUCAAGGCCAAGAUUCUGUAUCCGGCCACCUUCGGAAGAAACUUUAAGUACGUACAGCAUAGGUUCUUCUCGAGAAAGUACAAUAUCCUUUUGAUUACAGCGAGAUCCUCAGAAUGGUGGAUGGAGUGCAACUCGCUACUAAGGCUCCAGUAGCAACUCCAGUUAACUGGGUCUCUGGAGAGACCGUCAUCGCCCAACCGUCUCUGAGCAACGACCAAGUGAUCGAGCAGCUCUGCGGAGGGAUCGCCGAAAAGUGCAGAACUCAGCCGCUUCCGAGUGGAAAAGGAUACUUGCGCUACAUUGAAGGAGACGCCUACUUGAAGAACUGA